AUCUUUUCUUUUUACAGAAAAAAUGCUAUGCAAUAUUUGAGCUGCCAAAAGGAGUUCUGUAAAAUGUGGGACUUGGCCAAAUAAAUACAUUACAAUAUUUGGCACCUGCCACAAAAAAUUUGGGAGGAGUUUGAAUUGAUUUGGAUUUUUCACAAAUGGAAAAGCAUUUAAAAAUGCUGAUUUGGAACUGCUUUAAUUCCGAGGGGAAUUUAGCUAUCUCAAAUGAUGUUGAAUCACUCAUGACAUUUAGUUAGUGAAUAUUUGCAACCCAGCGAACAUUUUUUUUUACUGUUUGGAGAAUUAAUUUAUUUGACUUUAUGUUAAAAUUGAAUUUGAAUUUGUUUUGAAUCAAAGUGAGAUUAGCAACAGUAACAGAGAUGAUGUGGCAUCAUUAGUAGGGGAUUACUGUAGCUUGAUUAUCCGGGUAUUACACACAUUCUCAUGUAAACGAGUAUAGCCGCUAAUGUUAGACAUUCUUUGCAUGGAUAUGUCUCUGCAAGUUAUACUUUGGGACAAAAAGAGGUUGUUUUGACUCCAAUUACAGUGAACUACGAUACUAGAUCAUACAAACACAUUUCUUUGGUCUGAAACAGGUACCCCUUGGAUCCCCAUGACUGCCUAUGGUCGACUUACGACACAAUCCCAAACUGGGAUGAAAUAUCUGCAACAUCUGUCGUCCAGAAUUAUGUCACUGAUGUGUACGACGUGCCAUCAGCUGUUAUGCAAAAUGCAGCAACCUUACACCCCUCCAUUCCUAUUCGCCGAUUCUUUCUCAGGCUUUGUACAAGGGUUGGCAAGUUAUAGUGUCUCACUUGUUGCUACAGAAAAUGCAACUCUUACACCUAUCCUGAAUGCCAUGGAGAUGUACUUGGUGGAACCGAUAACUGAGGUCGCUACUGAUAGUGGAGAUGCUAGAGCCAUGAUGUCAAUCCAGGAGAAUUUUGGCGUGGAGAAAAACUGGAUGGGUGAUCCAUGUGCUCCAAAAGCUUUUGCAUGGAUAGGAUUAACCUGCUCCUAUCCUCCAGCUCAUGCCUCUAAAAUAACAGCAUUAAAUGUGUCUUCCUUUGGGUUGGCUGGUACCAUCUCUACUGAUUUUGGAGAUCUGAAUGCACUUCAGUACCUAUUGGUAAGGGAUCUGUCCAGCAAUGAUCUAUAUGGAACAAUCCCUGACAGUCUUCAAAAAUCCCAAAAUGGGACUCUGUCGUUAAGGGUUGGUAAUAAUGCAAAUAUAUGUGCCAAUGGUACUGCCUGUGGAUCAAGUCGAAAGAAAAUUAAUGGGGCACUUCUUGCUGCAAUAGUUAUUCCAAUCGUUGCUGUCAUUGCAAUAUUUGUUGUAUUAUUUCUUCUGCUACGCCAAAAGCUCAAGGGAAAAGAUAAGAGAAAAGCUACUGGUCCUGAAGAUGAAUCUGCGUUACUUGAGAACCGAGAAUUUUCUUACAGAGAACUGAAGUAUAUUACAAGCAACUAUAGCCAAGAGAUUGGCAAGGGCGGGUUUGGAGCUGUCUUCCUUGGCUACCUGAAGAACGGAAACUCAGUUGCUGUGAAAGUGCGUUCUGAUUCAUCUUCACAAGGGGGUAAAGAGUUUCUGGCUGAGGCUCGGCACUUGACAAGGAUUCAUCACAAGAACUUGGUUUCCUUGAUUGGCUACUGCAAGGACAAAAAUCAUCUAGCCCUUGUUUACGUGUACAUGCCCAAAGGGAACCUGCAGAAUCAUCUGAGAGGUUCUACUAGUAAACCACUCACUUGGGAGCAGCGUCUUCACAUCGCCCUUGAUGCUGCACAAGGUCUGGAGUAUCUGCAUAUCGCGUGUAAACCAGCAUUGAUCCACAGAGAUGUGAAGAGUACCAACAUCCUGCUGACCACAGAUCUUGGGGCUAAGAUUGCUGAUUUUGGCCUGACCAAGGCUUUCGGCGACUCGAAAACACAUAUAACCACUGAACCAGCUGGUACUAUGGGCUACUUAGAUCCCGAGUACUUCUGCAGUUAUCACAUCAGUGAGAAGAGCGACGUGUACAGCUUUGGCGUCGUACUCCUAGAGCUCAUCACAGGCCGUCCUCCUAUCAUCCCGGUCAGCGACAGCGUGAGUGUCCACGUCGGCGAGUGGGUGCAGCAGAGCCUUGACCACGGCGCCAUGGAGAGCAUUGUGGAUGCAAGAAUGGUUGGGGAUUAUGACAUGAACUCUGUCUGGAAAGCUGCUGGCCUGGCGCUGCAUUGCAAGCUAGAGGUCUCAAGGGAGCGUCCGACGAUGGCAGAGGUGGUGGCGCAGCUUAAGGAGUGCUUGGAGCUCGAGAACCGUCUUGACGGGAGGCAAAGAAGCUUGGGCUCGAACUUUCCUAGGGAGGGAAGUGCACUUGAGGCAGAAGAAGAACAACAAGGUGGGGAUAUACAAGCUGUUGCUGCUGGUCCUGCAAUGAGAUAGUUUUAAUCUUACAUUAGUGCUGCAGGUUAAGAGCCCCUCUUCUCUUAAUUUUUUUUCUGAUAAAACCACCGUCUGUCUCUGUAAAUCUCAAGUUCCUUGCAACGCUUAGAUGAAGGGGAAAGUAUAUGAUGCA